GCGAGUCACUCCUUUGAAGCCCAUCGCGUGCACCUUCACUCCACCGUUGCAAGCCGGGAUAGGCAUCUGUUCCUCUCCGUCGGCAUCGCUGCCCUCAGCACGCUGCGGGAUUUGAGAAAUGCCCUCUCGACUGUGAACUCGGAGCCGCGUGCAGAGCCAGGCAACAAGCAGUCACCACCCAAGACCACUCCCACUCGUUCAAUCCGCUUCGAUUCGACUUCCCUUGGGCCGCACAUCCAGGCUCAACUUGUUUCUCUUUGCUUUUUUUUUUUUUUCUGUGUUAGCAACACGCUGGGACAGCCGUCGUCGACCGACGUAGCUCAGCGGACCCUCGACCGCCGACGCGAGGGCAAUUCAGCACCUUCCGAAAGUCGCCAGCGAGACUUGCGACCAGGCCCCGACAUUUGGCCAAAGAAUUACACGAGUCGCCCACGAUGCAGAGCAAGCCUGUUGUCGUAGCGGUCGCGCUCCUCGCGCUCGCCCAGGCGACGCCCAAGAACUUGCUGUCCUCAAUACGUCUGAGGCGCGCCGAAAUUUUUGGCCGGGCACCCGAUGGCACGCAACCAAAGGUGUUGCCCCCCGAGCUCGGCACGCCGACAGUGCAAGGCUGCUUCAGUUCGUCGGGUAAUCUCACACUCAACUCCACCCCGACGUACAAUAGCAUCGACGGAUGCGCAAACAAGGUCUGCCGCCCGGCUGGCUUCCCGGUUGGUGGCACGACGGGCGGCAACCAAUGCUGGUGCGGUACCACGUAUCCUCCCAAGGACACGUUGGUAGACCCCAGCCAUUGCACCACGUCCUGCAACAGCUAUCCCUCCGAGGCGUGCGGCGGGGAUGGUUUCUGGACCAUCUACAACACUGGGCUGGACCUCAACGUCAAGUACCAGCCCAACUCGACCACAGACAAUCAGUCGUCGACCUCGUCAUCAAGCACCACAUCCCCGACCGAGGCCGCCACAAAACCAGCGACGACCGUGAGGGUGACCGAGACAGCCAGCGCCCAGCCGACCGCUGACAGCAGCGGCGGCGGCGGCGGCCCCAACGUCGGUGGGAUCGUCGCUGGGGUCGUGGUCUCUGUCAUCGUCGUCCUGUCCGUGGUUGGCGGCGGCUUCUUCUACUUGCGGCGUAGGAGGAAUCGGGAGAUCGAGGAGGAGUACCGGCGCAACGCUGCGGUCAACAACUUCCUUGGCAAGCCUCCCGGCAGCAGCGGCGGCAUGUCCUCAAUGGACUCUCGGCUGGAUCCAGUCAUGGUCCAGAGGAGGUUGAGCGACGGCAGCAUCGCCGACAACCAGGACUAUUCCAGGAGGAUUCUUCGCGUCACCAAUGCAUGAUUGCACCCCGAGUGAUGACGACAAACGACUGGCCCUGUAUUUCUUGUUUGAACUCGGCAGCAUUCACGGCGUUUUAGGGAGGGAUUUUGGUGGGGCGGAUGGGGAUAUUCGACACAGUCUCGUCACACUCGGUGGUGGAUGGGGAUAUUCGACACAGUCUCGUCACACACUCGGUGGUGGAUCGAUCACGCGGACGAAACCUGGUUGAGCGCCGUCUCUUUUUCGUUUGUCUGCUUGGUGGGCAUGUCAGGGGUUCCCCGUGGCAUGGAGCUAUCCUGGGGGUCUUGCGCCUACCCACGAUGUUCCAUGCCGCCUUCCCUUCCGCCUCAUUUCGCUAUCUACAGUUUUUAAACCAGUUACCCAGGGCCCGAUGCCGGUGUCUUCAUGUCCGUCCAGUUCUGCGGCUUUGGCACGAGUCGAACAAGUAACAAUGGGGACACAGAACGCUUCUUUUCUGCUCUGACGGCGUUGCUUUCAGCCUGCUUCAGAGCACCCUGUGAUUUUCCGAGAUGGCGGGCAGGCGGGCGGGCUUUGAUGGCGACUGGACGAAGUUCGAGAGAGGGCAUAAGAUUUUUCUCCUGGACAGGCCAGGUCUUCAACUGCUCCUGUCGCUCUUCGCUUCUCUCGCGAGCAACGGUUUAUUUUCUCAUGGGCGCUCUAAUGUAUGUACUGGCGGGAUUAGGGAUUAGGAAUGAUAGAAAAGGGAAUAUACUCUAUAUAACUU